GGUGUCAGUAGAGAUGCCGCGUCCGCGAGCACCGGGUAUCGACGACAACGGUAUCAGUUAGCCCAUCGGGGUGGAUCCAGCCGAAAGUAAGACGAGGGGCGCGUCAGGACGCGGCUGACGCUCGCGCGACCGACGGAGCGUCCUCGACUUCCGUUUCACCCAUUCGAAAACAGUUUCCCAACGCUUUUAUAACUUCUCAUUCGAAUGGAAGCUGUCUAUCAUCGGCGCGAGGCAUGUAAUUUAAGAGAAUCGUUCGUUCAAUCAGGCCGAAGAGUUUCAUCGACGAAAAUCGGAAAGGAAAUCGAGAAUUGAAAGAACGAAAGUGAAAUGGGAAACAAGAGUGCUGGAGAGGAUGCCCGUCAAGAACGCCGUGACGAAACGAGCGAAAUCAGAAAGGCCAGUGGUGAAAUAAAUAAGAAGCAGGCGUGAUCGUGAAAUGAGAGUAUUGGAACCUCGAUUAGAAAACAUUUGAGAGUACCUGGGUUGAAUUGUUUGAACUAUGAAUCGAGAAAACGAACAGCGACCGGUCUCCCAAACCUUUUGCGGGACGUUGCAAAAAGAGCCGAAUUGCAAAUGUUUGGUGCUGUCCGUGUUAAUAUACGGGUGCCUUGCCGCAGUGACGUGGUGUAGAUGCGCGAAUGUCACCAAGGUCGUAUUCAAUUAUUCGGAAUACAGAGUGAUAAACACGAGACACGUGUCUCCCUGUGAGGAUGGCUAUAUUUACAUCCCCGUAGCGUUCAUGGGUAUGCUAUACCUAGUAUACUUGGUGGAGUGCUAUCAUUCACCGAUCAGAAUCGACCUUCUACACGCGGAGGGUCAGGAUAACGUACUUUCGAAGAUAUCGCAGUUGAAAUCGGCACAGCCGACCAUCUGGUGGAAAGCCGUUUCCUACCAUUACGUGCGCCGUAAACGUCAAAUUACCCGGUACAGAAACGGAGACAAUUACACGACGACGCAGGUGUACUACGAGCGGAUAAACACGCAUGCUGCUACAUCCUUCUACUACUAUGACUUCUGCGGCGUUAAAGAUAUCAGCAAAGAAUUGAUUCUCGACCCGAAGGUGCCGAUUACAAAAAUUAAUCUUACCAAAGGGUUCGCUUUUUCGAAUAUGAGAUCGGCUACGGAAUUCGAGGAAGCUAGAUCGAGAUUUUUCGCGGAACAAGAGUUAAGAGACGAUUACAUGGAAAUGAGAGAAGGCCUUGAUCUUGGAUAUAAUCCAAAUCCUACCACUCUGGUAGCCGUUCUCGGCUCCCCAUGGUUCACCAAUCGUUACGUCUACUGGUGCUUAAGCGCUCUCUUACUCAGCUGGCCUUUAAGAGUGAUCAUAGAGUACAAAACACAAUAUGCUGACUAUCAGAUUACCAAACUGUUUGGGAUUAAUUAUGACACGCCUAGUGGAAGUGAACCGAUCCAAGCAUCCAUGAGUCAACAAACCAUCAACCAGCCCGGUUCUUACAUGCUAGCGCCUAGUUACAGCGAAGCUCUCCUAAUGGAUCCGGCACCAGAUCGAUCACAACCGGACACGCAAGACGCGGAUAUAACAGAAAUGGUACCGAGUUACUCAGAAGCGUUACUGUACCAGCGAGCGGAGCAAAGUUACGUAUUAAACCAGGAAAUGAACCAAGAUCCAUGCCAUCAAUUGUCGUCGCGUGAAUGUUCCUGUCCUUGUCACAUCACCGCCACUUCCGGUUUUGAGAUGAACGUGCAAGAAGAAGGGUCGCGGCAAGAACAGUCGAGCGAUCAAACCGGGCAACCGUUGAACGAAACGCGUCCCCCAGGUUGCAUAUUGCUAGGCGAAACAGAGUCCGGGAAAUGUGGGAGUUGCGGGAGAUUCUUGGUCGAGGCGCAACUAGAAAAUUCAGAGAUGUCGAGAAGCGAGUGUAACAUGGAAAAUCCUGGGACCAGCGCGGCAGGGGGCUAUCGGAAUUUCCGAGUCAAUACGAGGAGUUGUACAAUCCCCCGAGAUAUGUCUGAACCGAAUCUCAGAUCGAGGUCGGAAUUGACAGAGACCGAUACGAGGUUCCUUAGAAUAAAUGGACAAAGUUUGCGAAAUAUCGUAGAGAGCGAAGAAGAAUUUAACGUCGAUGAUAGAAUAGGAGAGAUAAGUCAGGGUGAGAUCAGUGAAUCAAGCAGGGGGGAGAAGUUCCGCUUCUCGCUUUGUUCCCUUGACGAAACUAGUUCGAGAACUAGAAAUCCAAGUGCGAGCAGAGGCGCGAUACCAAAGAGAAUAAGCAACAGAAGUAGAGUGAUUGCGAAUCCUAUGUUGAAUGAGAGAAUUACGGAUUCGAAGACGCAUUAUUGUCUGAAGUCGAUACUCAAACAGAAUAAUCGGAGAUACACUCUUAUUAGUGCACGAGAGCUACAAAAUCUUUCUGACAGAGAAGACGAAGAUGUGGAAAGACGCUUGGAGAAUCGAUCGUCGUAUCACGAGGGUUGCACUCCAGUUUGCGCUUCGGUAAACAUCAAAGGAAAAUUGUUGUCGAGAUCGAAAGAGAGCUUAGAUGGAGCUUUGGGCAAACAGAAGAAACAAUUCUUGGGAAAUAUAUCUAUGGAUAAGGACGAAGAGAUGGAAUUGAAGCGUGAAAAUACCAGGACCCUGAUAUUCGCGAGUCCGAUACAAGAGGUUUGCCCCGGAGAUCCAUUCGAAGGAAAGAACGUAGUGCAGACAAGACAAGAAGUGGAUUCUGCCUCUACCGAAGAGUCCUCAGGUCAUACAGUUUUCACUCAACUUAGUCGAUCUUUAACGUGCGACCGGAAAUCGACCCGACGUCGGUACCAAGAAUUCCGACGUCAACGUUACCCAGACACCUCCCAUCCCUCUUCCUUUACUUGUCCAUCCGAUCGCCAACACCCUUAUCCAUACGCUCUUUCAACAUCCACGGACGCCGUCGACGACAUAGAUUUCAACAAUAAAAAUCAAACAUCGGUUCGCGUUUAUCAGCACGGAGCGUCUUUUCCACCGUACGAAGGCUCAAUGCCUAUUCACGCCGAGAAAUUCGCUGACGAAGCGAACUCGGUAGGCAGAAUCAUCACUACAAAUGGUUUCAGUCCGACGAACAAAGGAGAGUUAACCCGUUCGUUCACGGAACGACGGAUGAAACCGGAUAAAGGUAACUCUAACUUCCGUCGAAGUUUCACCGGUAGAGUCGAGGAUUACAGAACGGAGAACAACAAGUGGGCAAACCUGAACAUGGAGACAUCGUUAUAACGAAGGGAUGCGAGGUAAUGAGUGUAAAUAUCCGUCCUGAUAAAUUUAUUCCAUCUUGUAAAUACGGCAUAAAUGCGAUUUGCACAGACCAGCCUUUGCUUCAAAUCUAGAAAGCUGUUUUUCUUUUCGGACGGAAGACGUUAGAACGUGAAACACUGUCGAUACUCGAUGUUGCCAGUAAGAGAUGUAGUAUGGAAUUUUAACACGUUAACUAAGUACUUAAUGCUGUACUAGUCAUCGAAGCAAAUGUGACGUAAAAUAGCGUAUUACAGGUGAUAAGGAAUUGUUCAACUAGUCAAAAUUGAUCGGAGAUGCUACGAAUAUAUAAUUUUUGACGCUGGUACGAUGAUAUGAUUAAUAAUUGAUUGGAACGGUUUAAUUAAUUCUGAGUAGUAGCAUUCAUUAAAUGCCUUUGUGAUAGUAAAAAGUGUUAAAAACAUUAUUUUUUUUGCGUAACGCACCUUGCUAAGAUGCCGUCAAUUAUUAUACACGUCUCUGAGGUCAACUGGGCAUGUUUAGACUUUUUUAAAAAUUAGUUGUGCUGCGAUCAUUGAAGUUCACGAAAAAUAUACAAUGAAAAUAGAUUUUUUGUUCAUAAAAGUUAUUUUAUUUUUAUUUAUAGCACGUAUAAACGCGCGCUCAACUUGCAGCACAACUAAUUAAAACAAAAAUCGAAACUUGCGAUGCUGACUUUAGACACGUCAAUUAUACGCACAGUUUUCGCGUUAGGCUUCAAUCAGAAAUGAUGUCAGAGAGUCGACACGAAAUUCGGAAAACAGAAAUCAUUUUUUAAACUAAUACGUAGAUGUUUAUAUUCGAAAACUAUAAUUCUCCACGAUAAAGUACUUCGGUUGUUAAAACAACACUUUGUUAAUCCGUUGUUAUAGUAAAGCAGAGUGUCUUGGAUACUCUGAAUAAUGUUAGACGCGCACCAAUUUAAUAAGUUGCUAUUGCGACUGGGUGUGCAUAACAAAAACAAAAACGAGAGCUUCGUUUUAAUUUCGACCCAUUGCCUGAGGGCAUCCCCUGACCCGUACCGCGCGGUCCUUUCGUACCAUAAAAAGAAACACGCUCGCUCAAACGUAAGUAGAAAAGCACGUAAAUUAAUACUUUGCGUAGUAAGCAAAACACGUUAAUGAAAAUCGAGAAGAGAAAAUCCGUGCCGAAAAACGAUUGAAAGUCUUCGCUUUUCCGUGCACAUAGAAAUACAAAGAAAGAACUAUGUAUAAGUAUAUUAUACAUAUAUAUAUAUAUAUUACGUAUAUACAUAUAUUUUUGUCUACAUGUUUGCUCGCUGCAACAGAGAAGGAAAAGGCUAUUCGUAAUUCGAAUCGUUUUUACCGGUCCCUCGGCAUUUUGACCGAACAUACUUUGUAUUUAUUAGACGAUAUACACACGUAAUAUACAUAUUAUUGUAAUAUUACGACGAGGAAACAAAACGCACCAUUAAUGCUUUUAGGUCGAUAUUUUUCAUAUUAAAGUAUACUGAGAUAAUGUGUAUCGAUGCCAAUUUCUGAUCAUGAUAAUCAUGAUUGAUAGAGAUCAUUACAUUACUCAAAGAUAAUCGUGGUGUAAUUAAGGUCCUCAGGGAGCGAGAGAACAAAUAGCAAUAUUCAAUUUUGUAAACAGAACUGCAAAUUUCAAAUUAAAAAUUUGAAUAUGUGAUAUUAAAACUGAUUAACUGUACGUAUUAUACUUUAUCUGUUUUAUAAACCGAGAAUGUAGAAGAUGUUUAAAAGGAGAAGUCCACUGAGUGAGAAGAGCAAUGAGGAAUUUAAUUAUAUCAUGACCACUCUUCACUGUAAGUAGAUUAAUUAGAACUCUCGAAUUUGUAAUAUGUGCAUGUGUGUGUACGUGUAUAUUGACACAGAUGUUCGUCCUUGACAACACCAGUAUUAAUUAAGCGCUAUUCGUCAACCCGUUCGAAUCCAUUUCUUGGCCAAACAACGAUUAAUUCUGUUCUAUUCUCAAUCAAAAUUAAAAUCUAUAUAAUGGGUAGUUAGUGCUAUUCUAGUAUUCAGAAAAAUAGCCCGUUUGUGACCUAUUCAUUUUGAAUCACUGAACGUUCCACUUUGCGACAACUUCCGCGAAAUCAUAAUAUACGUAUUUUCGGUUUUCGAUCACCGAAAAAUCACGCGACGCACGCAUAUUCGCGAUUCAAACCGCCUUUCCGAAUAAUCUGAGUAUCACUGACAAAGAGGAUGAAACGACGUUAUUUAUUACGCGUCCAAUUUGCACGCGAAAUUUAAAUGAAAAUAAUUAGACUCAUACAAGAAACGGACGUGCGUACUAUAUAACGAGUGCAUUGUAAACUUGUUCACCGACGAAGCAUGUGAUAACAGAACUCCAUCACAUAUAAGUAUUAAGAUAGGGUCACCAUAUUUUCCUCUUAAGGGAGGUGGAAAUGAAAUUUGAUAGAAAAAAGAGGACGUAUUUUAAUUCAUUGAGUCUGCACAAAAUAAUAAUAAUAAUAAUAAUAAUUUGAGCAAACGUGCGUAAAAUAAAAACCAUUUCUACAUAUUAUUUGAAACAUCCGGCGGGACUGUUUAAAGUCUAAAAAGCAAAAUAUGUUCAGGGAGGACGCAUGGUGACCUUAAUUAAGACAUCUCUCAGGAUAAUGCGCGCGAAUUAUAUUGUUUUAAGUUUAACACGAACAACAUUGUCAAUUUUCUAUUUUGCAUACCGUAGUAUGUUCGAUAGACUAUUUUGCAGAAAAACAACAGAGAAACACUUCGCAUAUAUAGGAUCGGAUUUUAUAACGUAAAGUAAUGCAGUAUUUAAAUUUAGAACGUUUAAAAAAUUGUUCGCAGCUAGCUGAAUUUUUUCAAUAUUAAUUGCAGUUCGAGUGACUUGAAAAAAUUCUGAUGUUCUUCUGGUGUUCUAACAUGUCUUUGACUUUUUUCGCCAAUCUCCAUCUACUAGCGAUGCCAAAAAUAUCGAAAAUUGUCAAAUCAAUCGAUUGACUUCUCAACGAAUGAAUUUCAAAGCUCAACAUUUUUUUGCAAGUUUUUUUUUCGAGAAGCUUUCCCAGAGGCACACUUCACGUGACGUGAAGAAGGUUCAUCAUAAAUAUAAUUAUUAAUUGAUAACGAAUUAUUACGUCACAUGGUAGCGAUCACAGACGAUAAAUCGUUUUAUCGAAUAGGAUACACAUUAGCAUGGUUCAGCGUGAAAUUCGAAAGCCUUUGUUCCAACGAAUACUCGGAAAUACCCAUGCCGUCUCAGAAAAGUGCUCUUCUAAAUAAAAAAUUGUUGUUAUACGACGAAUUGUCUAUUAUUACGUGACAAUUGCGAACACGCAUAUAUGUGAUUACACACAAGCAUAUUUGUUCGCGCGGAAAGCCUCUGAUUAUAUAUCGCUGCGUAUAUAAUUAUGAUUAUGAUUACUGAUAAGUACGAUAUAUAAAUAAUUUCUGUAAGAAAAGCCAAAAAAAGCAAACAAUAUGAUUAUAGUACAAUAAACGUUGAUAGGAAAAUGAA